ACACACAUUUUUUCAUUUUUUGAAAACGGAACCCAGAAAGUAGUACGAAUGCUCUGUUCAUACAAACUAAACCAGAGUGGGCAUCUAAGUUUUAAUUCCAUGUGAGCUUAAGGGCUGUUUGGUUUAGCAUUCUUGACCCUUGUUGGAAAUAACAUGGAUACCACAGAGGACCAAUCUUUUGCCAAACAGAGUGGCGUUGAGGACUCUUCCAAACCAGCUCUGCCGCCGCGGCCGCAGCCGCCGGCUCUUCCUCCGAGAGAGGUAGAUGAAUCAAGCGAAAUCGUGGAGGAGCAGUCUUUGAAUGUGCAUCAAAAGAGGCAAAAUUUGAUUUUGGAGAUACCCAAAAGAGCUCUAGAGGAAGCGUCGGAGAGUUCUUCGAGGACAACCGUACCCCUAUCACCAACUCCAAAAAGGGUAAACUUUUCGCCUUUGCCGAGCCCCUGUCAUGGUAAAACAGAUGGAUCACCUGGUCCAUCGUCAAGGGGUAAAUCGUCUGUGAGAAACCUCAUCCCUAAGAUCAGCUUCAAAUUCCGGAACACAACAUUAGACAUUGAAAGGGCUGCUAUCCUAGCUCUGGGAGGGUCCCCUGCAACACAAAAGAAGCCUUCACUUUUGAGCCAGUUUUCUGUAACUAAGAUUUUCAAUCAACCGUUGAAAAGAACAUCAUCAUUGCCAGUAACUCCAAUUCUGCACUCGAAUCCUGAAUCAACGCAUGGAGGACUCACAUCAGCUAAAGUGCAUAUAGGGGACCCAAUACACAGGUCACAUUCAGUUCCUGAUUUAAACAAAGAUGGAAGCUCUAGACAGGGGUGUGUAGGGAGUCUAUACCGUGUUAUUCCCUCAACUGCCCCUCAAGUUCCGGUGCAGUCUGCAGAAACCUUAGCUGCAUCUCCGGCUGAAGAAGGAAAAGAGAACUUGGGUGAAGACAUCACUGGAGAAGAUGCAGUAUGCAGAAUAUGUCUGGUUGAACUUGGGGAGGGUACGGACACACUUAAGAUGGAAUGCAGUUGCAAAGGCGAACUAGCCCUGGCCCACAAAGAGUGUGCCGUAAAAUGGUUCAGCAUCAAAGGAAACAAGAUCUGUGAUGUAUGUCGUCAAGACGUUAAGAAUUUGCCUGUCACCCUUUUGCGCAUUCCAAACAGGCCCUUAGGAAUUGGAGCACAGGCUGCUAUUAUUCAAUAUAGACUUUGGCAGGAUAUCCCGAUUCUUGUUAUUGUCAGCAUGCUUGCCUACUUCUGCUUCCUAGAGCAACUCUUGGUAUCAAGAAUGGGGUCGGGAGCCGUCGCAAUAUCUCUUCCAUUUUCAUGCAUAUUGGGUCUCCUUGCAUCCAUGACAUCAACUAAUAUGGUGAGGAGAAAAUAUGUUUGGGUCUUUGCAACAAUUCAGUUUGCUUUGGUGGUUCUCUUGGCCCAUGUUUUCUUUUCGCUGCUCCACAUCCAAGCAGUUUUAUCGGUUGUUCUGGCCUCCUUUGCUGGUUUUGUUGGGGUAAUAUCUGGAACUUCAAUCCUUUUUGAGCUUACAAAGUGGAUGAGGUGGCAGACAUCCUCGGAUCAGCAAACAGUAUCUCAGGUAGCCGACCAAUCUUCAGAAUCCAAUCGACAUCCAGUUGACAUUGAAAGUGGAGAUGGUGGAGGCGAACAAGCCAGACUGUAAAGAAACAUUCUAUACACAACUUAUCGUACAAUACAUAAUUGUCAUUGGAUCUUAUUUUGGACUUCGUUGACGACAUGAAAGUCUUAAUAAGCUAUUAUUGAUGAAGCCAACCAGAGAAAAGCUCAAGCCAUUGGAAUAUGUGGAUUUGACUCUCACCACACCCCAGAACCCAUGUACUAUAACAUAAGAAUGGGGGAACAAUGGGGGACAUAAUUGAUGUUAUUGGUGUGGUCAUUCCAGGUCUAUGAUGUUUUCGAUAUGGUUUUUUUAAUGAAAUGUACCAAUGAUG